AUGAACAGCAACAGCAACGUGCUCGGUCUCGUUUCCUUUAUCGUCUCCGACAAAAGAAAAAAAAAUCGUCUUCAGCAUGGUCCGUUUCCCAUUUAUCAUCAGCAACAACACGCAAAUCGAACAAAACAUCUUCAUCAACAGCAAAAACAAUCUGCAGCUACUCAACAUACGUAUGAUCUACUAAAAAAUGGAAAUAAAUUAAUUACAGCAAUCGUCGGAUCGUCAUUAGCUAGAAAUAUUUCGGUGAAACAGAUAGAAGGUGAAAGUGAAACAGGUGAGGUACGUCUCCGUUUUAAAUCAGGAAGUGACUGUGCUGAAUCAUCAGCUUGGUUAAAAACACAUGAAGGUCGAAUGUUCAUGCACAACGUGCAUCACUUGAUAUUUAUUAUUGGUACAAAUGAUCUCCAUAGGGUAGACGCUGAUGAAACUGUUCGACGUACUGGAUAUACAAUUCAAUCGGUUCGAUAUUUGUAUCCUGGCAUAGAUAUAAUUUGGCAAAUGCUGCAACAAAGAACUCGAAAGACUUGGUUAUUACCCGAAGGUCAACCAGUGUUGAAUGAUAUUAGACGUUGUAAUAUACAACUAGCUCAAUUAGCAUCUGAAAUGAAAUUUGACAUAAUUCAGCCAGAUAUUCCAAUUGGGUGCAUGUUUGAUGGUCUCCAUCCUUCAGCACAAGGUGUCGCAAUGAUGGAAAAAACAAUUUCCAAUUAUUUAAAAACAAAAAAAAAUGAUAUAAUCUUCUUCGUUUUCACAACUUUCUUCUGUCUCUGA